CAUGUUGAGCAUGUAAGAAAAUAUGUCUUAUUUUUUAUUUUAAAAAGAAAUUAUGUAUCAUAAAUUGCUUCGAUGCUAUGAAAUAACACGAUUUGAACUAUUUAAAAUUUAUUAUGUAACUAAUUGUAUACCAACAAAUUAUAAUACUAGAUUAGUAAUGUUAGACAUUUGAUUAUUUGUAUUUUUUUCAUCACAACAUUGAUCACAUAUAGCAUACAUGAUAUAUAAAAUGAAUGUAUUAAAUAUGAACUAAAAUUUUAAUAAACUCGUUUAGCUCGUUCUCGACUCGACUCGUUAAUUAACAAGUUGAGCUCAACCUAAAGUACAACUAGGCUAGUCCUAAAUUGAUAGUAUCUUUAUCCAACAAAAAUCAAAUAGAUGUUUUAAAUAGACGAAUGGGAAAAUCGACCUCUUUGUGGAGUGUGGACGAAACAAGCACCGGGAAUCCCAGAGGAUGGGUGGCUUUUUAAUUAAGCAAAAAGCAUUGGACGGCGUCUCCCGAGCGUGUCGACGAGCAGUUGCACAAAAGUUAAAGCAGACUCCAAAAUUCCCCACAAACCACACGAUUUCACCCCAUUUAUUAUUCUUACCUUCUCCCCUUUUCUCUCGCUUUGUCGUGCCUCCAACUCCAAACUACCUUCCCAACUUCCCUCGAUCUCCGCCACAACCCCCCAUAUGCCGGAAAGAAACCCCCGCCGACGGCACCCCAGAUCCGGCGGCGGAAGCAGUCGGAAGACAAGGCCUCCACACCCUUCUCCUUCCCCGAGGGCGACCCGCUGCCGAAGGGCUUCUCCUUCCCCCGCAGCUCCGCCCAAUCGCAAUCGCCCAUUAUCCAGGAUCAGAAACUACCGUUCCGGCAAGACUUCCAGGGUACUGAAGCGAUGCGCCUCCGAACCCAUACUCCGGAGCAACCCCACCGGCGAUCAAGAGGAAGAAGAAGAAGAAGAAGAAGAAGAAGAAGAAGAAGGACCCAGUGAUGGCGAUCCUCUACUCCAUGAUCGCCCAAGUCAUAGUAGUAGCUUCACCUGCUUGGAAAACUACUGUUGGCCCGAGGGCGUCGCGGCGAUCCACCGGCCUCGGACUUGGACCGACGUAUUCUCUUCGUCUCCGUCUCGUCUGGGCUCGGGAUCAUCUCCUCGGCCGAGCUUCGAUGUGUACUCAAGAGAUGCGAAGGUAGUGCUGAACGUGACGGUGGAAGGGAGCCCAGGUCCGGUGAGAACGAUGGUGAAACUGGGCUCCACCGUCGAAGAGACGAUCGGUCUCGUGGUAGAUAAAUAUUCCGAAGAGGGAAGAACCCCCAGGCUUGAAAGAGAUGCCGAGCCGUCGUACGAAUUGCACCACUCCCACUUCAGCCUUCAGUGUUUGGAGAGAUCGGAAUUGAUCGGGGAAGUAGGGAGCAGGAAUUUUUAUCUGAGGAAGAGCGGCAAUAGUCGGAGGAAGAGCAGCAGCGGCAGCCUGUUGGGUUCUUCGCCGGCUACGGUGGAACGGAACUCGCCGCCGCCUAAGGGGAUUCCGCCGGCGAUUGUGCUGUUCCAGGGUUUCUUCGCCAGGAAGUUCGGCAAAAUUGUGAGAAGAACGCGUCGAGUUUGGAAUAUGGUGGUGUGCUUGCGGUGAUCGAUCGACCGACCUCCCAUCCCACGAUUUCGCUGUUAGAGAGAGCCCCAUUAGCUUUUUUUUAUUACUGGCAGAGCUCUCUGAAACGGGAAAGGCAAGUAUUAAAAUCGCGCAACUUUACUUUUUUAACCUUUUUGCGAAAUUGUGUGGAAUAUACAAACAAAUUGUAGCCUACCUAGUAAAUAUCAAUUAUGACAAAUUGACAAUUGCCACGCACCAUAAAAAUACAUGAUAUUGGAUUGAUGGGAUUUGAAGUGUAUGUUUAGCAUGGUCCAUGAAACCGGAUCCUACCGACCGGUUGAAUCGGAAAAAACUGGGAACAAUUACAAAUGAAUUCUUUUAAAUACCAAAUAAAAAAAAUUUAAUUUC